ACAAGGAGCAGAUGAUCAAUUUGUCCGCCAGUAGAAGUGUGUGUCCUCCUGUAACCUCUAGUACUAGCGAGGACGAGGAAGAUGGUAUCUACUACCGAAACGAGGCAAUAAAGCUUGUAGUUGAGGGUGGACGACAAACGGCGUCAUCGUCUUCCACCUGCUCAUCAUCAGCUCCAUCGUCUUCAUCUGAGGUAGAACCAAUUAUACCUCCUGGACAAGAACCUCAUCAUCCUACCAGUACCACGACCAAUAGGUUUUUCUUUUUUUCUGGUGCGUCGCAGAUACAGCAUGAUGAGCAGUUGGCCUUGCGAACCAUACGUAAAUCCGCAGUACUGGAAGAUCAGCACACGAUGAGCGAACACGUAAAACAAAUAAACCACACAUCGUCAUCAGGUUUGCCCUUGCACUUCCAAGAAGAACAUCAACAUCAUCUUCAAGAAUACAUAAGCAACAGCAACAAGUCGCACCAUCUUCUCCCGUCUGGUGCGUCCCCGUCUGGUGAUGAAUAUAAGUGCAAAAAUCUCAACGCUAUUAAUCAUGCAGCAGUAGAAGAGACGAGACAAGGCACCACGACCAGGGGAGGCCACAAGCGUAAGCAGGCAAGCGGAGAGGCCGUGAUCGACGUCGUCCCAGUGCGGAGCAUGUCCGUGUCUUCUUCAACAAGCAGAAUAUCCCACGACGUCCGCGCGUCCGCAGCGAUGAGGAC